AUGAUAUCCAGAGUUAAGCUCUUGCCAUGCACAUGCAUACGCAGCUACGCUACAUCUGCAAAUGAAUUCACUGACCACCACAAGCGUCUUGAUCUCCAUGAUUGGCCAACAUCAAAGAACCCGACACCUUACGAAGUAUUUGGGCUAUCGUCAAAAGACAUAGGAAUGUCGCGUAGUGAGUUGAAUAGGAUAUUGAAGGCCAGAUAUGUGAAGCUAGUCAAGAUUUAUCACCCCGAUACAUCACUCGAUUUGGCAGAUAAUUUUGGAACUCCCCUUGGGGACGAACAAAAGAGGAAACGGUUUGACUUGAUUCAGGAAUCAUACGACAUUCUACGAGAUGCAAGGCGAAGAGUGGCUUAUAACCGAUUCAAAACCACUUCUUGGGAACAACAAGGUCCAUAUAACCCCAGCAGUGAACCAUUUUCAAGGGAGAGUUUUGAAGCAUACCGAAGGGCAAAUGCACAUCGUGCUAGAUACGACUUCACCAAAGAUGAGGCUUUCUGGCUGGCCGGAACUUGGAAUGACUAUUAUCAAAUGAAGUAUCAACGAGCACCACCGACAAAGGAAGAGUUGGAGAAGAACAAGUAUAAGAUCUUAUUCGGAGUUUUAGCAUUCGGAGCGUUAGCUUUUGGAUUGCAGAUCAUGAGUGCCAUUGAUCGGACGAACCAGUAUCUAAUUGACACACACAAGAAGAAUCUACAAUCUAUGCGAGACUUGAAUGUGAGCUACGAAGGAGAUGGGUCGUACUCUGAGGCUGAAAAUUUGCGCAAGUUCUUGAUUGGACGAAGAGCCACUAUGCGACUGAAGAACGAUGGGUUUGGAGAGGAGGAGCCCAGUGAUAACGAAUUGUUACACAAAUAUGCUAAACACAGGGUGAACAAAUGGGAUAGGCAAGAGCAGGAAUGGAACGAAAGACGUCAAAGUGACAAUUUGUGA